CGGCCUGGCGCCCCUGAUCCAGCAGGUCGGUUCGGGGGGAGGCGAACACAAAAGUCAAAAAGAAGAAGAAAAAAACAAAUGUGAAUGCGUUCUUUUAAUGCCCCCCGUGUGGCCACUUUUUAUAAUGUCCAGCUGCUGUGCCACUGUCGAACUUCUGCGCAAACCAACAAUCGAUCCCGAGACGCAAAUCGACCUCGUCCGGAAGACGAACGACUCGCAAUAUGGCGACUCCGGUGCUCGGCUACACUGAGAUGAUGAUACUCAUCUGGGUCAUGUGGGGAGCCGCCUUUGGGAUGACUGUCUUUCGAGGCAGCUUCCAAUGGAUCCUCCAGCGGCGCCUCUUUGCCGACGACUACUUCAUCAUCGCGGGACUAGUCACUCUGACGGCUUUAACUGCAGUCAUCACCUGCAUGCUGCCGCAUUUCUACCUCGCCGGCGAGUAUACCAAGGCGGCUGCUAAGGACCCUCUGGCGCCGUUGCCUCUUGCGCCCGAGGAGUUCAUUGGCAGGACGAUUGCAUCUCUCAAGUUGAUGUUCUGUCAGAUGCUGCUGUUCUGGACGACACUGUGGGCGGCAAAAUUCUCCAUUCUCUUCUUCGUACGGAGGCUCGUUACCGGACUGCCCAAAUACAUUCGCGCCUGGUGGGUGUGCUUCGGUGCCGUCUUGGUGCUGUACCUAGCUUGCAUGUUUUCGAACUUUUUAACAUGCACACCGUUGACGAAGUACUGGAGUGCGACUGGGUGCAGUGCGCCCGAAGACCUGGUACGAGCAGAUGCUUCUAUCAAGUUCGCGACCAGCGCAGAUAUUGCGGCAGAUAUUUUCAUCAUGAUCCUACCUCUCAACCUCUUACGCAAGCUCAGCACCUCCCCGUCUCACAAAUUCGGACUAGCCAUCCUCUUCUCCCUCGGCGGCAUCAUCGUAGCCUUUGCCAUAGCGCGGCUCGCACAGGUGACAAAAGCCACAGGCGACGCAGCAAAGGACCCAACGACGGUGGCCAACGGGCCGGUGCUCCUGAGCAUGUGGAGCCACAUCGAGUCGUCCGUCAGCGUCAUCGUCGCCACGCUUCCUGCCUUCCGCUUCCUGCUUAGCAAGAACAGGAACGCGACGAGGAAGACGACGGCGAAGUACGUGGGUCCCACGAUAGGGGGCUCCGGUGGCAUGUCGCUGCGGUCGAGGAAGUGGCAGAAGGGCGCGGUACGGCUAGAAGGGGAGAGCGACGGCCGUGGCUCUUCGGCGCAGAACAGCGAGACGGAGCUACGGCCGGUGAGGGGGAUACAGAAAGAUUCCGAGUAUAGGGUUGAGCAGUUACCUACAGACUCGUCUGCUGGGGAGACGAGGCGAAAGACUCAGGAGUUGUUUGCGUGACGAGGUAAUGGGGUGUACUGGAAUGGAACCGGAAAGAUCAACUCAUGCAAUCUGAGGAAAGAACCGAUCCGGGCGAGGGGCAAGAAGAUCUAAUAUUGGCAUGCCCGAAUAAGGUACAUUCGCAAUUCCCCUCUUCGCUUCA